AUGGCGCGACCAGCGACCAGCGGCGAUGACGAAGUCAACACAACGAGGCAGCUAGGAGACCUCUUCUUCUACUACUAUUCCUCCUUCCUACUCAACCACCGAAGGAUCCAGACGAGGUUGGAACGGGAAGGGCGUGAACCGAAGACAAAUGCGAUAGCGAAAACGAUUGAGAUGUUCCCGUCUCCAUCCAAUCGAAUUGGGCCUUUACCUAUUUAUACACGGUACGCGAACCGAAUCGGCCCAUUAUUUUACCGCAUCGGCCUCCUCUUCGGCGCUGGCGUCACCGGCCUUAUCUCCUCUGCAGCCCUUCUACCACCGCCGUUAACUUCCACCGCCGCCCCGAUCCUAUGUUUCCGCUCAAUGUGCAGGUCUCGGGCCGCCACCGAGGCAUUGGAACCUGGAUCCAGGAGUAGAUCGGGAGCCAGCGCCGCCGCCUCCACUGCGCCUCCCUCCGCCUACGCCUCCGCUUCCUUGAACGGAACUUCCACCGAUCCAGGCGGCCGACCUCUCCGCCGACCCCUUAAUUCCGCUACUUCAUCCUCUUCUCACGCUUUCACAUCCUCCUCUUCCUCCGCCCUCAGCCUCGCCUCCGUCCGCUCGUCCCUGCCGGAGGUUCCUGGCCUCUACCCCUUCUCGGAGGUCUGCGCCGCCACCAACAACUUCCUCUUCAAGCGCCUCCCUGGUGCCGCCUCCUCCGCCUGGCGCUGUAACCUCCGCGGCCGGGACGUCGUCGUCAUCCAGAAAUCCCUCCGCCGCCAGCGAGAGGACCUCGCCGCCCGUCUUGCCGCCCUGGGUAGAUCCCACCACAGCAGCCUCGCUCGCCUUCUCGGCGCAUCCUCCGCGGACGAAUACGUCUACCUCGUCUACGAGUACGUUCACGGCGCUAGACUCGCCGAUUGCCUUCGCAACGCGCGGAACCCUGGCUUCACUCCGCUCGCCUCCUGGAUCUCCCGAGUUCUGGUUGCGGUCGACGUCGCUCAAGGCCUCGAGUACAUCCACCAUCACUCCUCGGCGGCCUCCGGAGUCCAUAAUCGGGUCACUAGCUCCGACAUCAUCGUCACCGAACCCGAUUUCCGCGCCAAGAUCUGCCAUUUCGGCGCUGCGGAUCUCGCAGGGGAGAUUUCCGAUCCCCUCGAGGAACAAGUAGGCGAAAUUACCCCAAUUCCCUCGCCGAGGAGAAAAGGGCAGGGUGAGCGGCAGAAGCACAUUGAAGGAACACGGGGGUACAUGGCGCCUGAGGUGAUCUCCGGCGCACCCGUCUCCCGUCGGUCCGACGUGUUCUCCUUUGGAAUUGUACUCCUGGAGCUGCUUUCCGGCGAGGAGCCGUUCAAGUACAGGUACGACAAGGAACGGAAGGAGUUCGACGUAGUCUCCCUGAUCGACACGGCGCGGAAGGCGAUGGGGGCAGACGACGACGACGAUGAAGAGGAUCGGUGGGGGCGGAUACGGAGGUGGAUGGACCGGCGGUUGCGGGACUCGUUCCCGGUGGAUGCGGCGCAGAAGCUGAUCCGGGUGGCGCUACGGUGCGUGGAGACGGAACCGGCGGCGCGGCCGGAGAUGACGUGGGUGGCCGGGAAGGUAUCGAAGGCGUUCCUUGAAUCGAAGGUGUGGGCCGAGAGGGUUAGGGUUCCGACCGACUUCUCGGUGUCGAUGACUCCGCGGUAA